GACUGCAAUAGACCUAGUAAUCUGUCAACCUUUGUAUUCACCUCUUCCAGUCAGCACAUGAUGGACAUCGAGGCGCAUAUGCAGAUUAAUGUUGCUAACUGCUUACUUUGAUAGAAUUCCUUCCUUGACUUUCUUCUCUUCCUGGAUGCUUUGAGCCGACUAGGUACAGUACCGAUAACCUAUCGAUUCCAGCGACCUUCCAUACAACCAACAACCAGAGACAAGCGUCUUGAGUCGCUGGCGGGGAAUGCCUAUUGCACACUUACGAAUAGGUAAACAGCCAGAAAGAUACUCGAGAAUCGACAUCAAUCAUCACAGUUCAAGUGAACACUAAACGAGCUAUCUAGAACCCCUGCCCGGUCGGGUACGGAAAUGUCGGCUCGGCGGUAUGCAGAUCAAGUCUUGAUUGGGAGCUGGGGUGUGGGUGUGGUGCUCUCGUAAUAGACAAAUCACCGGCCAUUCUACUCAUUCUGCACAGCGGUCACAACCAGAGGGCGUUUUCUGAGGGGAAGUUUUUUUGAGCCUGCGAUUUCGCGGGGGAUAUGACAUCAGAGAUCAUCCCUUACCGCAAGCUAUGAUGACGAUACGCAAUAUGCUUGUUUCGUUUGCACAGGUGAUGCAGCAGGAAAAAAACCAGGACUUGUCCGCUGUAAUCAAUUAUAGUCGUCUUUCCAUCUGACACUUCAGCCAUUGCCAGGACUAACAAGUAAUUAUUCGAAAAUCAUGAUUGCAACUCAACCAGAAUACCGGCGUCAGGACUCGAUGGGGACGGGUCGCAGAUUGGUCAAGAAGCAGCCCUCGCCAUCCCGUAGGCGGUCGAAUUCAUUCUCGGGGCAAGCGUCACCGAUGGAGCCUGGCAAGGAGAAGAAGUCCAAGUUUAGACUUUCCAACCCCUUUUCGUUCUCGUCCUCUACCAAGGAAAAGGAAAAGGAAAAGGAGAGAGUCGAAGACAGGACUAGCAGCAAUCCAGCAGAACAGGCUGUAUCGACUGAUUCCGCAUAUGGCAGUGGAGGGAGCUUACCAAACCCGGCAACAUCGACAACUAUUGCUCCGCCAAACAACAACUCCUUGACCUCCGAUACUACACCGAGUACUAGCGCCGGCACGAUCCCCACGCGAGGGAACGGCCUGCUGAAGCCGCCUUCAACUCUCAUCACGCCCCCAACACCUCCUGCACAGCCCGUCCCUCAGGUCGCCUCGGCGGCGCCGUCCGCCACAGCAGCCAGCCAAGGCGAACCCAUCACGCAACAGACUUACCAUGAUGUUCGGACUGGAAACACGGUCACUACUACGACUACAACCACGACCACGACCACCACUACUACAGGACCCAGCGGGUCUACAACAGUCCAGAUGCCUUCGGCAGCGAGUCAGAGCCCGUCACCUCCACCUGCACAUAUCACAAGCCGCACAGGCUCAGACCCUCCCGCACCCGCACCACCGCAGCCGGGGAUGCAGGCUCCAGUGCCUCUCCCACCGCCUCCGGUUGGUCAAGGUCCAGCCGAGUCAACCUCUGCCUCGUCGACCUCUGCAGCGGCUGUCUCAUCUGCUGCCCACGACAGGGAGAGCAGUGGGCUGUCUCCGCCUGUACCAAAUCGAAGUAACAUACGGAAUCGAGUGGAGCUGUCUGCAUCACCAGGCCACGAGAAGAAGAAUCCAAUGACGGUGUCACCAAUCGAGGAGGAAGCCUCAAUCUCCACAAACGAAUCGUUCCCAGAGUCUAGUUUCACUACAGGGCUGCAGCCCAGGCCCCUUUUUAAUACACAGGGGUCUUCAGAUCCGGAACAGCCCCGGGCCCCGCCCCCGCUGCCACCCAAGAAGCCUCUGCAGCAAAAGUCAACCUUGAGCAACCUAAAAAAUGCAGCGGUCGGCAUACAUGGCGUGGCCGAGACUCUCCGCGGGACCAUAAACGAUGCAGUAGACAGACGCUUCGGUGACGAUGACAUUUCAAGAAACAAGAACCAGGCUGCUAUCGAGGCGGGACGGGCUGAGAUGGCGGCCGCGAGGGAAAGAGGACGGCUACGUCAACUACAAGAGAAACAGCAGCAGCAACAGGGCCAAUCUUCUUUAGGACAUCAACAGCAACAGCAGGAUGACAGCAGCGCGCUUUCCCACGUUGAGCCCGACGCUAACGAAGAUUAUUACCAUCCAUCAAGCCACGCCGGUCGACAGGGCUCGUUCGGAGAGGCCGGGGCCAUGAGCACCAGCACCCCUAGUGGUGGCACCCCCAGUAGCAUGGGAAGCACGAGCAGUAGCGGGUAUCCUCCGGUUGGUCAGGGCACGCCGUCCGGUGUGUACGACAACGGUAGCGGGGGAUCCGGCUCUCAAGGGGGUUUAGAGAGGGGAAAGGGGAGACUAGGGAGCUUUGUCAAGAUGAUGAGGCAUGGGCCGAUGAGUGCAGAGGUGAUGCCAGAAAGACGAGACAGGGACGCCAGGCUGAGUGUGGUGAAUGAGUAACGCCAAGGUGUUCUGGGUUGGGAGUUUCUGGUGCUCAUUUGACGUGGGUAAAAUUUCCUUUGGUUCUUGUUUGGGGUUUAUAAUCUGGGCAAAACGGGACCCCAUGUGAAAUGAAUUUCGUCGGGGAUAGGGACCCUUGCUCCUUGAAGACUGUUUGUCAUGAUCGAAAUGCAGCGUAGUAGGUUGAGAGGUUGGCCAAGACGAUGCCGAGGAUUGGUUAAUUAUUGGAUGUUGGUUUUUAUUAGAAAGCUGCCAAAUUGACUACAUUACUCCAA